AUGGAAAGAGAUAAAAGCAACAAUGAAUCGUACAAAUUGCGUUCCACUGAAAGCAUCAGGAUGAGCGUGUUAUCACUUAUUGUUUUGAUAUAUCUCGCUACAGUAAUUCAAUUAAGAAUUCGCGAAGAACUGCAGAAUGUUUUACAAAGAUUUCAAGAAGGAUUUUCUGACAAAACCAGUUUGCUCGCCGGUACCAAAAAUGUCUUGAUAGAAGAGUAUUGGAAUGACAUUCCAAUAUGGGAUUAUCGAACAGAAGCUCAAAUGACGAAACUAGAUUCAUUGAUUAUGCUGAUAGAGCUCUGUCGCGAUGUGAAUGAGACCACCGCUGCUCUAAAUGUCCUCUCACAAUAUGUAUACUUUCCGAUUACUGUUAUUGAAGGUAAACCAAAACGUAAUAACUUACUGAGUCGAGCUGUUGCCGCCCGUGAUAUUAACUGA